AUGCCGCCUGCCCGCCCCCACCUCGUGGCCGCAGCCGCCGCCGCCGUCCUCCUCAUCCUCCUCCCUGUCCACCUCGGCCUCGCCACCGCGCAGGGGUUUCGCGGCUUCUCGUACCUCCUCAACUGUGGCGCGGCGUCCCCCAUCACCGACGGCCGCGGCCUCCGCUGGGAUCCCGACGGGAACUACGUCUCUGCCGGCACCCCCGGCGCGGUCUCGCUCCCGGACCUCAUCGAUCCCACGCUCGCCACGCUCCGCAGCUUCCCGCUCCGUCACGGGGCCAAGUUCUGCUACGAGCUCCCCGUCGACCGGAACCGCCGCUACCUCGUCCGCCCCACCUUCUUCUACGGCGCGCUCUUCGCCUCCUCCUCCGCGCCGCCGCCGCCCGUCUUCGACCUGAUCGUGGACGGCACCUUCUGGACCGCCGUCAACACCACCGACGACGCGCGCGCCGGCGCCGCGUCGUCCUACGAGGGCGUGUUCCCUGCGAGUGGAAGGAACAUGAGCUUCUGUCUCGGGGUGAACCCGGACUACACCGACGCCAGCCCGUUCAUCUCCGCGCUGCAGGUGAUCCAGCUCGACGAUUCCGUGUACAACGCCACGGAUUUCCCGACCAGCGCCAUGGGCCUCAUUGCUCGCACCAAGUUUGGCUCCACUGGCGGCAUCGAGAGGUACCCUAAUGACAGUUUUGAUCGCUAUUGGCAGCCAUUCCCGGACAACAAGCAUGCUGUCAGUAGCACCCAAAAUGUUACAUCAGCUGACUUCUGGAAUCUUCCCCCUCCUGACGUGUUUAACACAGCUUUCGUAGCAGAACAAGAUGCACCCCUUGUGUUACAAUGGCCUCCAGUGGCUCUUCAAAAUGAUAGCUAUUAUGUUUCCCUCUACUUUGCUGAUACUUUGCCUGAUAAUUCAAGGACCUUUGACGUAUAUAUAAAUGAUUACCUCUUUUUCAAAGAUCUAAAUGUCACGUCAGCUGGUCUUUCUGUCUUUGCAACGCAAUGGAUUCUCUCAGGCUUGACCACAAUUAUAUUGAAACCUGCUUCUCCUUCUGCUCUUCCUCCACUUAUUAAUGCUGGCGAGGUCUUUGGGCUUUUUCCUGUAGGAAGAUUGACAUAUGCCCGGGAUGUGCUUGCCCUGGAGAGUAUAAAGAAAAACCUUCAAAAUAUACCUGAAGAUUGGAAUGGAGAUCCAUGCAUGCCUUCAGGAUAUUCUUGGACCGGAGUUACAUGUGAUGAAGGAUCAAAAAUACGUGUCAUCUCAUUGAACUUUUCAAGUAUGGGCCUCUCUGGAUUUCUUUCACCUGAUAUUGCCAAACUGACUGCUUUGACUAAUAUAUCUUUCGCACACAACAGACUGGGUGGGUCUAUUCCGAAUCUUAGCAACCUAAGAAAUCUCCAACGACUGCACCUGCAAGAAAACCAGCUAUCUGGAUCGGUACCUGAGACAUUGGGGACAAUCAAUACAUUGCUUGAAAUAUUUUUACAGUACAAUAAUUUAAAUGGAACAGUUCCAGAGAACUUACUGAACAAGACAGGAUUGACUUACGCUAACGUGAUCUUAGGCAGAAGUGACUGUAUUCAUGUGAUAUGA